CUUAGUCAUUGACUAAACGUGCAGCAGUGCGAACGCGGCAAAACAUCCAGUGUCUCCGUGUCACCCGCUGAACGUUUCUCCGAUCCGGCAUUUUUUUCUUCCUAAAUCGCAAAACAUAUCCCUGAUAUAUCUAUAUCUGUCAGAUAUAUAGAGAGUUCUCGGCACACGACACAUAAACAAUUUUAGAGUGCUUAUACAACAAACAAACAAAUACGAAAAAAGAAACGCUAGUUGCAACAAUUCGAAUAUGUGCCACAUUAAGAAAUAAAACACACAAAUUUACACUUUCUUGGGAUUAACAAACAAAUCAGAGACAACCCAGUGACUUACUCCAGGAUAAAAGGAGAGAUUUCCGAACGCAGGAUAUACCCCACAUACGCCAGCAAAAUGGUCAACAAACAGUAUACAGCCAACGAUCUGGAGGCUUUUAUGAAGAUAGCCGCCAACUGGCAGAAUUCCAACCACAGUUUGCUGGAGGGCGUCGACUUGAAGACGGAGAUGACACAGUACAUGAACAAUCCAUCGAUGAACAUGUACAAGAAACGGGAACGCACCCAGAACUGGAAUCAUCAGGAGAAGAAGUACCUGUUAGAUCUGUGCCGCAAGGAUAUGCGGAUCAUAGAGAACAAGCGCCUGGAUGCCGGCCUCACAGCCGUCAAGAACAAGGCCUGGAAGAUCAUACACCAGAAGUUUUCAAAUCAAUUUGGCACCGAUCGCACCUGCAAUCGCCUCAAGGAGCAGUGGCGCCGCAUGAAGGCUUGCACCCGGAAUGAGAUACUCGACUAUAACAAUCGUUUAGCCAGGUUCGGGGCAGAGGUGGCUGAUCGCAAGAAGCCGUCACCGUUCACCUUCGAGGUGUGGGACUUUAUGCAGGAGGCGAAGAAGGCCUGCAAGUCGGAGGCCUUGGAUGGGAUUGACUAUUCAAAGAUUCCACUGGCCCUGGAGGAGGGUUUCGAGUAUCGCGAGGACUACAAAUUCAAUGGGGAUGAGCACGACAUGGACGACAGCAGUCGUACCCCACCGCAGGAGAUGUGCGAUGUGGACAUCAAGGAAGAGGAGCACAACGAGACCUUUGAUGAGAAAUACAACAGUCACCAUCUCAACCAGAGCAACAUCCUAGGCGGUGGCGAGCGUCUGAGUGUGUCACCCAAUCACAGUCGCAACGGGAUCCACGAGGCCGAGAGUCCGGCCACAGUCUCGACAGCCGUUGCUCUCGAUGCGAGUACCGGCGGCGGUGGCGGCUUUCUUCCGGGCGGACCCGACAUGUCCGGCUUCCAGGCCAACUUCAACAUGAAUAACAUAUCCGCCACGCUGGAGGCUCUCAACGCCUUGAGGACCGGCCAGUUCCCCAGUGCGGCAGCUGCUGCCGCCGCCGCCAUCCAGCAGCAUCAGGCUCAGGCACAGGCACAAGCUCAGGUGGUCGCCCUGCAGCACCAGCACAAGAGCACCAAUAACAACAACAAUAAUGAGGACGAUGAUGAUCUGCUGAAGCCUUUGCCCAAGCGUCGGCGCACCAACAGCGGCAGCAUGUUGGGAAUCGAGGAUCAGCCGCAGUCCUUGACCACAUCCAUGCCGCCUUCGACAGACUGCCAGGCCCUGGAGCGUUCGGGCAGCAGCAGCAGCAACGGACAUGGCGUUGGCGUUGGCGUUGGAGUCGCGACUGGCAGCUCCAGCAGCAACAACUUUGAGCUGCGCCUGUUCAUGGAGAUGCAGAGCAAGGAGCACAUGAUGCGCAUGAAGAUCCUCGAGGUGCAACUGCAGUCGGCCAAGCACAGCCGUGACCUGAUCGAGAUCAACAAGACCCUGGCGCUGCAGAAGCUGCAGGAGCUGGCCAGCAAGCGGCUGCCCAGUUAGGACACAGCGGGCGUCAGUCGAGCAGCGUUUCAUGUUAUGUUAGUUGUAGCCUUAACAGACGACUCCAUAGCUCCGUUCGCAGGUAGAGGGCGUAGCUGGAGAUCGGCUAGAGUUAGAGAUAGUGUUUUACACCUAAGUUAGAAGCAGGAUUCAUAUCUAUCCACACACACACGCACAAACACACCCACAGUCACAAACAUAGACACCGAGUUACAUGCUACCACAACAUUCCUGGCAUUGUUGAUCAGUAUUUGAAAAGCUAGAAGCGAAUCCCGCACACAGACCCCAACCCCAACCCGAACCCAACCAAGCCACAGAUGAAGGGAGGACCAGGAGACGCUCGAAAGUAUGCCAUAUUUCUCUCGCUCGCUCGCUCGGCCGCCCGCCCGCCCAUCAAGCCUACCUCACACACACCCACACCCAACCCACCCAUACAAAAAACACUCUCUUCUGGCCUCACCAGCACUUGACCAAGUCAAGUCAAGUUUUAGUUUGUAGUUAUAGUUCGUACUAGGGAAUAUCAUUCUCCAAGUUGCUCAACUACCACAAAUGUAUUGUACUUACGUUUUUUUUUUUUUUUUCAUGUGGAAAAUUAGUAUUUUAUUGUAAACAAGUUUACUGCUACCUUUCGUGGCAACUUAAUCUAGUUUUACAUUUACGUUCUUGAAUUCAGUUUUACGUUCUGCUACCACCACUAACGGUCUGCUUAUACAUAUAUGUACAUACAUACAUGUACGAGUAUAUCUAUAGGCGAUUCUUUUUGUAUUCUUAAGUUAAUCCGACUUAUUCAGGAGGAUGUACUGUAUUGUAUUUUGCGCAGCAGCCCUACACACAGCUGUCGAGUCAUCUUUGAUUUUGAUUUGAACUUGUAUUUAUUCGAUCUUUGUAUAGACUUUAUUUUGAUUUGUGUAUACGUAUACCCACCCGUAUGCCCUGUCCCUCUCUUAAUGCACAUGUGUGUGUGCAUAUAGAUGUUUGUUUGAAUGCCAUAUUAAAUGAAGGUUCAUUUCAAUAUUUUUUUUACCAUUUGCGCUGCAAAACAAAUUGUUACCAUAUAUGAUUAAAACAAAAACAAAACAAAAACAGCCCCAUAUAUAUAUCGUAUGUUUUAAGAAAGCUCCCACUAUCAGGCAGGUCUUUGAAGAGGGGAAGAAAACCCUCGGACCUGAAAGGCUUCUAUGUAAA